AAGGACGAACCGAGACAGGGGGUUAAAAUGUGUUCUUCUGAGAAACACAUUUUGGGAGAAGAGGCAAUGAGAUAAUGUGGUGCUCCUAAAACUACAUAAAUUAGCUCCUGGUUGGGGAAAGCAUGGUGGUGAACCUCUGCCUGCCACACUUUAAAACCACGGCUCACUGCAAUAAGUUAUGUGCAGAUGGAUAUGAUGUUUCCAAUCUUCUGUCUGCGGACCCAGCAGCUUUGCGGCGAGGUUACAGGCUGGAGUAUUUCCUCCGUCCUCCACUGCAUGUAACUCUGCACUUUCAAGUGAGGGUUGAGUUAUACCGUGUAGAUGUUGAACUUUUGCCCUGCUGUGGUGCCUCUAGGAAGCUUGAGAUUUUUACCUGCCCUGAGGUAAAAACUGCUGAAACCUCUGGAAAUGAUCACGAGAGAGAAGAGUUUAAGCUUGUGGGCCGCUGUGAGCUGAGAGAGGAGGUGCUUACCUGUUUCAAGCAUCCAAAUUUUAAACAUCGAGCUCCCUUCCCUGAGUGCCCACCCGACCCUCCAGCCCAUGCAAAACAGCAGGAGCUCUGGAGCCGGGGAUUUCAGUCACUUAGCUCAGUCGCCCAACUUCGUAUCACUAUCCCCUACGUUGGGGCUUCUUCGGUUUUGGGAAUCAAGUCCCUGGCUGUAUGGGGUGUCCCUGCUCGGUGCUGUUCUUUUUCAGAACUGGAACUCUUUCAGAAGGCCCACUUUAACAGCUUGAAACCAAAGUGUUCUAUUUUUUCAAAUCUUUCACAAGUUUCUACCUCAGUCACAUCUCCUAGACCAAACAAUACUUCGUUAGAAACCACGAUUCCUGAGGAGUUUUAUGACCCUUUGACUCAGGAGCUUAUGGUUCUGCCCAUGAUCUUGCCCAGUGGGAUGGUUGUGGAUAAUAGCACCUUGGAGGAGUAUGAAAAACAGGAAGCUGCUUGGGGACGGAUGCCUAAUGACCCUUUCACUGGUGUACCUUUUACAAAAGACUCGAAACCGCUUCCUAACCCUCAUCUUAAGAAUCGCAUUGACAGCCUGCUGCUGCAGACUGGCCACAUAGGAAUCAGAACCAAGAACAGCCUACUGAACAAACCCCAACCUUCCAGACUCCUCUGUGCAUCAGGGCCUCCACCUGACCUUUUUGGUGUUCAGAGCUCACAUGCUAAGGCACAAGCCCAGCAGGUUUGCUCAGUGACAACUGAGUGCACAGAGAUGCUACAAAAACACACUAUCAAUAAAGAAAAAAAAUUGAGUACACUAACUAAUAGUCAGUCCAGAAGUUUUGAAGAUGGACAACGGUCAGUACUGGAGUCGUCUUCUGGAACCUGUGGUUUUGGAAGCAUGAACUCAAAGCAGUCAAAUAAAAGGAAAUAUCAGUCAAACUUUUCUUCAGCUAGUAAACAUUUGGACAUUGUGUUUCCUUUGACCAAAAUGCCAAGGACAGAUACAGGCAUCACUCUUUCCACAGAAACAGACUCUCAUGAAGAGCGUCUGUCUCAGAGUUUAGACCAGGCAUUAAGUUCUGCUCUGCUUGGUUUACCAACAUAUACCUCUCAAAGCAGCCUCGAGCCAAACAGCACAGGAAGUCAAGACAGAUGUGGGUCAUGCUCUUGUUCCUUGUCUAUUUACUCUCCAAGCGCCUUGGUGUACUCUCUUCCCUGUGGGCACCUGCUGUGUCGACAGUGUCUGCAGCGUGAACACACGUCGAGGUCACAGAGACUGCCGAUUACAUGCCCUACAUGUCAAGCACGUGCUUCACCCAGAACAAUCACAAGGGUGCAUCAUUAAGCAUCAUUUACUGCUGCUUAAAAAACUCUGUGGUAUUAUGUCUGUCAUAUGUUCUCACAGACACAAUAUGCUACUACCAACAACAGCAAGACGAAAUUGUUACUGAAUGUGCUUUUUUUUCUUUUGUCUGUAAUAAACUUUCUUGGAAAAUGAA